AUGAGUUUGUGUGUUCUAUACGAUUCUGGAGCAACACAUUCCUUUGUGUCAGAAUCUAGAGUUCAAGAGUUGAGUUUGCCAGUUAAGGAGCAACAGUAUGAUCUGACUAUAUCCACUUCAGCGUCGGGUUUAGUCAAGACAUCUACAUUAUGUGCUAGAUGCUCCAUUGUGAUUGAGGGACGUCGAUUCAAGGUAAAUCUGGUGUGUUUACCCUUGAAAGACUUGGAUGUAAUCUUAGGAAUGGAUUGGUUAUCUGCCAACCACAUUCUUAUAGACUGCAAUGAGAGAAAGUUUUUGUUUCCUAAUCCAGAGGAUGAAAAGUUGUUGUCUCAACUAUCAGUUGAGGAAGGAGAUGUGUAUGCCAAGAUACCGAUUGUAGAGGAGUUUGCUGAUGUUUUUCCUGAGGAUGUACCGGGAUUGCCUCCGAAGAGGGAAGUAGAGUUUUCUAUUGAUUUGGUGCUUGGAGCAUGA